AUGGUCAUUCCUCCAAUGCUAGCUUUAUCAGGUUUUCUUAUCAUGCUCUCACUAGUGUGCAACACGGGUGGGGUGGCAGCAUUGUCGUUCAGCUAUAGCAGCUUCGAUCAAUGCAGCGACUCCAUCAAGCUGUACGGAGAGGCAUCUUGUAUGAAUUCCGGGAUCCAACUGACCGGAUUCAGAUAUUACGUGAUCGGACAAGCUAGAUACUUCAAGCCAAUGGCCCUCUGGGAUGCCACCACAGGCGGUGUCGCCAAUUUCACUACCACCUUCACCUUUGAUGUCAGCAGUAGUAUUGACGGCAACAAUGAUGGUAGCAGCAGCAGCAGCAGCGAAGAUGAGUCCUCGUGCUGCGACGGUUUGGCAUUCUUCCUGGCACCGCAAAACUACAGCAUCCCUGUGGGCGGGGGAGCCAGUGGAAGGUUGGGGCUUGUAUCUGCUAACCUCACUUUCGACUCAGCGUCGCAAAAUCCAUUUGUGGCGGUUGAGUUCGACACCUAG